AUGGGGGAACCGGUAGCUCCAGGCUUCCAGGGCUGCAAGCAGGCACUGAACGUAUCGGUGCUGGCAGCGCUGCCGGGGGGCGGCUGGGACAACCUGCGCAAUGUGGAGCUGGGGCUGGUGCUGCGGCGCAACUACUCGCAGUGCCUCACCACGCAGGACGGCGAGUACCUCAUCCCGUACCACGUGCACGUGGUGCCACUGAAGGAGAGCUUCGUAGAGACCCGUGCGGAGCUCAUUGAUCACUGGCUCAGCUACACGGACGCCUGGGCAGCCUCCAUCAAUGCCGAGCUCUCCUUCCUCUCCGACCUCAAUGGUAAGUUCUCAGCCGACUGCCAGAACGUCAAGGUGUACAACCUGGAGUACCAGACAGUCACUGCCAGGGUGCAGGUCCGCCACCGCCUGUACUCUGUGAAGACCCCCGAGAUCCCUGACUUCCAGCCCGCCUUCCGGCAGCAUCUGCUGACCCUCAGCGACCACUUGGAGAACAACCAGACCCACGAGGCCGAGUACCUGGCAGAGAUGCUUGUGCUCAGGUAUGGCACGCACGUCCUCACCGAGGUGGAGGCCGGGGCCACCUUGGUGCAGGAGGACCAGGUAAGGCGGGAGCUGGUGGACAGUCAGGUCCGAGAGAAAAGCAACGUCACAGCAGCCGCCUCGGCCGUGUUCUUCCAAAUGGUCAACGCCGGGGCAGCGGCCUCCUGGCAGGCACAGAGCCAGUUCAUCCAGGACUACGUGAAGAACACGGUGGCCUCCAGGACGCGCAGCCAUGGCGGCGGGCCCUUCUACCCGGGCAUCACCCUCCGGAAGUGGCAGGAGGGCCUAGGCAACCGGCUGGUGGCCAUCAGCAGGUUGGGGCUUCCCCUGCCAGCGCUGCUGGAACCCGCGGCGCUGCCCGAGCUCCCUGCGCCCGCGGCGCUACGCGUGGCUGCAGCCGUGCGCGGCGCCAUCCGCCGCUACUACNAAAAAAUGGCAGUUUUGCAGGAAUCUGCUGGGAAGGUGGAUCAGUUUUGUAAUGUUCUUGGAGCACAGGCCNAGCUCCCUGCGCCCGCGGCGCUACGCGUGGCUGCAGCCGUGCGCGGCGCCAUCCGCCGCUACUACUCGCUCAACGCGCACCCGGGCUGCGUGCGGCGCGGCGCACCCGCCUUCGACCCCCAAGCCAACGUGGACGACGGCUCCUGCGGAGACGUCAGCCGUGCCCAGUUCCCCUUCGGCGGUGUCUUCCAGGAGUGCGAGGCCGUGUCCGGGCAGGACGCCGGGCGCCUCUGCCAGGCCUACCGCAUCCCGAACCCGCUCACUGGCGACGCCUCCUGUCCGGCCAACUACACGGCCAGCGCGCUGCACAGCACGUUAAAGACAUGCAGCCAGCCCCGCCCCGAGUGCUGGCAGCAGUGUCGGAACUGCUGGCUCUUCUUCCAGUGCUGCGAGACCCUGUGCGCCACCCGCGAGCAGCGCAGCGUGGUGCGCCUGGCUGCCUCCUGGUGCGUGCCCUCCAAGGCCUCUCCGCCGCCGGCCGCUUCAGGCUUCCUCUUUGGGGGCCUCUAUAGCCCUGGCAGCCCCAACCCGCUCACCAGGGCCCAGGCCUGUCCCUCCCACUUCUACCCACUGACGCUCUUUGGGGACUUCAAGGUGUGUGUCAGCAGCGACUUAGAGCUGGGUGCAGCCCAGGCAGUCCCCUUUGGGGGUUUCUUCAGCUGCCAGGUGGGCAAUCCCUUGGCAGGCCUGCUGAAAGGCCAGAGCCCUGGUCUCCUGAAGGAGGUAUUCUACAAGGACAGCCUCACGGACCACCCCAUGAAGUGCCCGGCCGGGUACAGCCAACACCAGGCUUACCUCAGUAAUGGCUGCCAAAUUCUCUACUGCCUCCGGGCUGGGGUGCUGUUUGACCAGCAACAGACAGCUGUUCGAAUGCCCCCAUUUCUUCCCAAGCCUCUCUUUCUCAACAGCACAAGCUCCCACAUGCUUUCUGUCCUGGCAGACUCCAGUGGUCAGCGGACCUGGGUGAGGCUGCAAGGUUCUGACCACUGGCAGCAGGCUAACAGCAAUGACCCAUCCCUGCUGGCUAAGCUCUUAAGCCAGGCUGGCUCAGGGCCCAGCAGCAGUGCCAUUGCUGGUGCCUGGGUGGGCACCAUAGUGGCUGUGGUGGCUGUUGUUUUGGGGGUAUGCUAUGGCUGCAGGUUCUACAAGAAGGGGGGCUACAGGAGGCUGCAGGAAGGCACCCUCAUAGAAGAUCAGGGGGGCUACGGGACCACUGAAACUACCACAGAGUCUGGCUCUGUCUGA